ACGUACGUUACGUAAAUAACAUUUGAUCGGGUGGUAAUAACGGGUAAUAACCGUAAUAACUGUCAAAAAGUUAAAAUCGCAGCAGGCUUUUCCUGCUGCUUUCCUUGCGCGAGUCACAGCUUCGCGGAAUCGGACUCUACGGAACGGCCACAACCCGUGACCAAAAAUGAAAGUAGACCAGCGUAAAGAAAUCGGUGGUGGAGAUGAAACGUUCAUCGAACACCUGCCGACCGAGAUUCUGUUGAUGAUCUUCCGGAAGCUCACCUUUCGCCAACUGGUGCGAGCCUCCGCCGUCAGUCACCGUUGGAACGAGUUGAUGUUCUACCUGCUCAAGGACCGCGUGAAGCUACGUAUUCAGGGCUUGCAAUUCAGCAAUACUGAGGAAUGGGCCCAAAACCGGAAGUAUGCUGCACUGACUUUUGAUGCAGUAAGGUUUGGCCUGCCGAAAGGCUUCAACGCUCGGUGGCUGGAACCGCUGGCGGAGAAUGUAAAACAUCUCAGGUUUUAUUGCAAGUUGGCCAACGACGGAGCAUUGCUGGAACUUUUGCGUCCCUUCGGAGCGGUCGAGGAGCUGCUGGUGAAAGCUGAUGAGCUUGACCUCAGCAAAGCACUUUCGUCAUAUCUGCGGCUGUGCCGAGGACUGUUGCCCAACUUGCGUCGUCUGACCAUCGGCUGCCGUUACGUGAGGAUGAUGGGGUUGCUGAAGGAGGUAGCGCCGAGGCUUGUGAGCCUUGAUUUGGAGUUGCUGCCUCGGUUGCUGACCAAGUUGUACGUUUGCCGGUUUGAAAAUUUGGAAUCGCUCACGCUGCGAUUCCCCCAACGUCAAACGAACAUUCCAAAUAUGCUGAGUUUUUUGCGCUGCUUGCAGGAAAUUAAGGAUUUGCGGAAGUUGGGGUUAUUUGUGAACGAUUGCAUUUCAGUUUUCCGUGCAGCUUUUGCACUUACAUCCGUCGAUGAUUUGACCUUGGGUGGAACGUUUACUGUUGAGCAUUUCUCACAAAUCUUCGAUGAUAUUCAUCGAAUGACAAACUUGCGCUCUCUGAGUAUAUUCGUAAUCACGAAACAGUUUUUAACUGUGGAGGCAGCACUUCCGUCUUUAGAUUCUCUCUGCAUCGGAGGUACAAUCAAAGUCAAUGUAUCGAUCCUCACAGAAAAGUUCCCUAAUAUCACGUUAUUGAUGUUAACGACAAGAACCUUCGACUGGCACGAGGUGCAAGAAAUUGCCAACGCUUGGCAAAGCACAAUGCAACAUCUGGCAAUCGAAAUUCGCGAAACAGAUCAAUCCGUUAUAGCGAGCAUCUUGACGAUGCUAAAGUUGCGUAAACUUUACCUUUAUCUGAACGAACCGUCCGAGAACCACAUCGCUGCGUUGAUCCCCGUUGCCUGCAUGGCCACCCUCGAAGAACUGCACAUCCUAGAUAAAGACUGCAAGCAGGAUGCGACGCUGGCUGAACUCUGCAACUGCAAGCGUUCGUGCACAAUCUUUAUCGGUGGAAGUCUGAUUGAAGAUGUCCUGGCGGAUGGGUGAGAUAUCAUUCGCCAAACAGUUGUGUGAACUUUCUUUAUAACAUUUUUUCUUAAA